UAAACGAUCUGAUAAAAUACGUUGUCUAGGAAUAACCCUCUCACCUAAAAGUCAGUCCUCGUCAAUCGGAUUCUCCGACAAGCUGAAAAGAUGGCUGGAAGUUUACAAAGAGGUUUCCGCCGGUGUGUUCGUUUCAUACCAGUCGAGUUAAAAAAAGAAGUGAAAGAUAUGUCAACUCUGGCAUUCCCUGUGUUUUUGUCCUACGUUAUGGUCUACUUGAUCAGUUUUGUCAGCGUUGUGUUUUGUGGACAUCUGGGGAGGACAACCCUGGACGGGGUGACGCUUGCUACAGCUAUUAUCAACGUGUCAGCUUCUUCCGUGGGCUAUGGUUUGGCCACAGCCUGUGCCACAUUAAUAUCUCAAACAUUUGGAAGUGGGAACCUUAAGCGAGUUGGUGUGAUCGUGCAGAGGACAUUUCUUAUCUUAAUGUUGGCCUGCUUUCCUUGCUGGGCCAUUUUAAUAAACACAGAGUCAAUAAUGAUUGCUGUUAAACAGAACCCUGAGGUUGCCAGACAAGCUCAGCUAUAUGUGAACAUUUACAUGGCUGCUCUUCCAGGAUUAUUUACAUACAUAGCUGAGACAACAUAUCUGCAAAAUCAAGGUGUCAUAUGGCCAUUGGUCAUCUCUGGAGCUGUAGGCAAUGUGAUCAAUGCCUUCUGCAACUAUAUUUUCCUUUUUGUUUUGGAUCUUGGCAUUGUUGGAUCAGCAGCAGCCAGUGUUGCCUCAGAUUAUGCCAUGGCAAUUAUGCUGUUUGUCUACAUCAUCUAUAAAGGUCUUUAUAAGGAUACUUGGGAUGGCUUGUCCAUGGAUUGUCUUCAGGAAUGGGAUGAAUUUAUGCGGCUGGGCAUUCCAGGCAUGGUAAUGCUGGGCGCAGAGUGGUGGACCUAUGAGCUGGGUGCAUUUUUGGCAGGUUUGAUAAGUGAAGUAGAGCUGGGAUCCCAAUCAGUUACUUAUAUACUGGCAAAUAUUGCAUAUAUGUUUCCUAUAGGCUUUAGUGUGGCAGGCAGUGUGAGAGUGGGAAAUGCUCUGGGUGCUGGGGACGCUGAACAGGCCAAGCUGUCUGCCAAGAUCUCUAUAGCCUGUGCAGUCUGCGUCUCCAUGUGCUUAGCAGUUAUCCUUGGCAGUAGCAAAGAUGUCAUUUCUUACAUCUUCUCAAAUGAUGAACAGAUCAGAGAGAGAGUCAGUAGCGUAAUGGUGCUCUAUGCCCCUUUCCAUGUCCUUGACGCAACGGCAGCAGCUGGUGGGAGUAUUGUCCGAGCUUUAGGAAAGCAGCUGUAUGGGGCAGCUGGGAACCUGGUUGGAUAUUAUGGCAUAGGCUUUCCUAUUGGAGUGUCUCUGAUGUUUGCUGCUAAAAUGGGCAUAUUUGGUCUUUGGACUGGCCUUUUAAUUUGUGUGUUCAUGCAGUCAGUUUUCUUCAUUGUUCUCCUAUUAAAGAUAGACUGGCUGAAAGCCACAGAGGAGGCACUGAUAAGAGCUGGAAUUCAAUUGGACUGCACAGGGGAUGUUACAGUAGAGCAGCCUGACAACAUGCAUGUCACUGAUGAAGGCUGUCACACUGACACUGAGAGGCUGGCAAAGAAUCUGAAAAAGAUGACUACAACGAGGGAGCCACUACCUUUAGGGGUCUUGGUGGUCCGUAGAAGCCUCACUCUAAUGGCUAUGUUCAUUAUUCUGGCUGUAGGGAUUGCUUUAAAUGUGAUUGUGAAGAGGUAGCAAUGUGCUUAUUUGGCCUGAAGCCAUGUAAAAGAUUUCAUAGUCACAGUGAAUUUAUUGUAUGGACAUUCAGUCUGUAACAGACUUCAGCCCAAAGCCUACAUGAAGGUAUAAUGUUGCAUCUCUUGUUGUAUAUUUCAAGAGUUACAGAAAUGCAUAUUUUAUUAAAAUUACUUAAGGGACAAUAUUAGUUCCUUGUUUA